AGAAAGACUGCGUUUGUUCAACAAGCCUUUGUCUCCCUUUCCUUCUUUCUCCCUUCCCUUCUCUGCACUCAACCAAAUCCACCACCACGAACCCCAACACUGCACCUCUUUCUUUUCUCAAAUCUAGGGUUCCACUUUCACUCUUCUCUUUCUAUAUUAUUUUUUCUAUAGUAUUUUUUUAGCCUUAUAUUUUAUAAAUCUAUCCCAUCUCCCACUACUUCUUCCAUCUUAAAUAAACAAAACCAAAAAAAAAAAAAAAAAAAAAAAAAAAAAAAACUGUAGUUUUUAAUCAUAUAAAUUUUUUACAAUAUUUUUCUCACAAAUCUCCUGUUGUUGUGUACUCCUUUUAAAAAAAAAAAAAAAAAAAAAAAAUUGUUAUGGUCAUUAUGGCUGGUUUAGAUUUAAGUAGUGCAUCUCGUUACGUUCACCAACUUCACCACCCUGAAUUUAACCUCCAACUACAACCUGAAAAUGAUGAUGAAAAUACAAAAAACCCAUUUUCCAAUGAACACCACCAACUUGAUCUAGGUGGAAAUUCUGGACCUGGCGACCUUGUUGGUCGCAGACCAAGGGGUCGUCCACCAGGGUCCAAGAAUAAACCGAAACCACCGGUUAUUAUCACUAGGGAAAGUGCGAAUACUUUAAGAGCACAUAUUCUUGAAAUUGGAAAUGGAUGUGACGUUUUUGAGUGUGUUUCAUCUUAUGCUAGAAGAAGGCAACGUGGGAUCUGUAUAUUAAGUGGUAGUGGUAUUGUGACUAAUGUGACUAUACGGCAACCGGCAACACCCGGUAAUAAUUCAUCGGUCGUUACAUUAAAUGGGAGAUUUGAGAUAUUGUCACUUAGUGGUUCAUUUUUGCCACCACCAGCACCACCAGGAGCAACAAGUUUGACAAUAUUUUUGGCUGGUGGACAAGGACAAGUUGUUGGAGGAAGUGUGGUAGGUGAGCUGAUGGCUGCUGGUCCAGUUAUUGUUAUAGCUUCAUCUUUUACUAAUGUUGCUUAUGAGAGGCUGCCUUUAGAGGAUGAUAAUAUUAAUAUUAAUGAUGGGGUUAAUCAGAUUCAGCAACAAGGUUCCGGUGGAGGUGGUGACGGUGGUGGUGGCGGUGGGGUUAACAAUAACCCUUUUCCGGACCCGUCUUCUGGGCUUCCGUUCUUCAAUCUGCCGUUAAAUAUGUCUAACUGUUUAAAUCCUGGAUCUACUUCUGUUGAUGGGUGGGCGGGGAAUCCAACUCCUCGCCCUCCUUUUGGAAUUUAAUGACUAAUCUUGAAGAUGAUGAAGGGGAAUUAGAAUUUGAGCUUGUUCAUAUGAUAUGGAAGCUAAUUUGGAUCAAUGAAGAAAUACGGGGAAUUCUUGAAUCAUAAAGGUCAGCUAAAUUAGUGUACCAUCUUUGUCCUAGAGAUUAUUGAACUUCUUUUUGUCUUUUGUUGUAUUGUUUGUUACUUUCGGGUCUUGUAACUUCUAUGAUUUCUGAAAUCGGUCAUCUUAGUUAAUGUUCUUUAUGGAAAACUUUCUAUAAAGAUAUAUGGUUUGAGAAUUCAAUCUUUUGAA